AUGGCCGCCGAGAACGAGAACGUCGCUGCUGGCGUUUCUGAGGAGAUCAAGGGAAAGGGCAAGGCUGUUGCCGGCGAGGAGCCCAUUGAGAAGAGCGACCCCAUGGAGGAGGACGAGGAGUCUAGCGACGAGGAGGAGAACGCCGAGGUCGCCGAGCCUGUUGAGGAGGAGGACGGCAUGGAGGAGAUCGACCUGAACAACAUCGUCGAGGGCGGCCGCCGUACCCGCGGCCGUGUCAUCGACUUCGCGAAGGCUGCCGAGGAGAACCCUGCCGAGGAUGAGGAUGACGACGAGGACGACGACUUCCAGGCCCCCGACGAUUCCAGGAUGGAUGAGGAUUAA